UAUCGGUCCUGUUUCAGAGACUGUUUGGCGUGCAUCAAUAGAUAUAGAACUGUACGAAUUCCUCAAUUUGUAAACACACUGAGCCAUGGCAACCAGGUGGGGUAUAUGCGGCACUGGCGUCAUUUCCAACGAUUUUUGUGCAGCAAUAAGCAGUCAUCCUGCCGAAGAACACCAGAUCGUUGCUGUUGCGGCCAGAGAUUUAAACAGGGCGAAGACGUUUGCUGCGAAGUUUGAAAUUCCAACAGCUUACGGCUCUUACCAGGAACUCGUUCAAGACCCAAAUAUUGACAUCGUAUAUAUUGGAACUAUUCACACUACCCACACAAGCAUCAGCCUGCUAUGCCUGAAUGCGGGUAAACCAGUACUCUGUGAGAAACCAAUGUGUUUGACCAUUGAUGACGUCAAAGAAGUCCUCAGUUUGGCAAAGGAGAAAAAUCUGUUCUUUAUGGAGGCUGUGUGGUCUAGAUGCUUCCCUCUGUACGACGAAAUCCGCAGACAACUCGAUGGCGGACACAUGGGGAAACCUCUGGUUGUCAUGGCCUCGUUUGUGCUGCCAAUUCUGGACAUCGCGAGGGUCGGUGAAAAACGUCUUGGUGGCGGCGGCCUCAUGGACAUUGGCAGCUACACUGUGCAAGCUGCAAACCUCGUUUUCAAAGAAAUGCCAGAGAAAAUAACCGUCGAAGGGGCAUUAUCGGAAGAAGGUGUCGAUUCCUGUGCAUGUAUCAUCCUUCGAUACAGCGAUAAUCGGAUGGCCAGUCUGGUGUACCACACCCAGGCGAUGAUCGAGAACACGGACGUGCCACUCCCCGAGCGAGCCAAGAAACUGGACUCCAACACGUUCACCAUCAUUGGUACAAAGGGACAAAUUAGGGUUGACUCACCUUUCUGGUGUCCAACAAAGAUGUCGGGCCCAUCUGGAAUCAAGGAGUUCCCCCUCCCCAAGAUGAAAUACCCCGUCAAUCUGAUCAACAGCGAGGGGCUGUAUUACGAAGCAGGCUGUGUCGGGGAAUGUCUCAAGAAAGGUUUAAAAGAGUGUCCGAAAAUGACGCAUACAGAUUCUGAAAUUAUUCACACCAUCAUGGCCGACAUUUUAAAGCAACUUGGAGUGGACUACACUGGAGUCGCUGCAAAUAUCUAGAUGAAACAGUAUAAACACAUUGAAGAAUGAUCGUUUAGGCCUAAAACAAUUGUCUUUCUGGGAACCCGACCCUACCUAGAGAAAAGGGCCGACCUUAUUUUUGUUUUGGGUGUUUUUUUUGUUUGUUUUUUAAAUAUAUAUAUGAAAAGAGUAAAAAUUGUAGUUAAACAAUUUUUUUAUAGUUUUUUUUUUAACCCUACCUAAUUUCGGAAUAUUCCCAAGAAGCACAUAAGUUUUUUUUAAAGUCUUAAUUCUAAAAAUUAUUGAUAUGCUAGUUUGAAACUGAGCUUAAUUAGGCCAGAGAUAUAUGCAUGUCCAUAAAGGUACCAUUAAACAAUGUGCUUUACUGGCAGAGGGGAGGCGUUGAAAGGAAUUUGUUCUGGAAUUUGUUAAAGUUCCCAGAUUUCCUAAAAAGCAUUAUAUAUAGCAUUCAAUAGCACGCACGCGAGAGAAACCAAUCACAUAUAUACACAUGGUAGCUAGCAUUUAUUGCACCUAUAGCCAUAAGGCAAACAGAUUACUAGGUAUCAAAGGGAUCUGCUCUAACAAAAUAAUAAAUAAAUAGAUAAAUAAUUAAAUAAAUUAGAUAGAUAGAUAGAUAGGUAGAUAGGUAAAUAGAAAGAUAGAUAGAUAGAUAGAUAGCUCAAUCAAUCGAUAGAUAGAUAGAUAAAGUAAGUUUAUACCUUGAAAAUACUAAAUUACCUAGACUGGCUAAGAAGUAAAGACGGUAGCACUCCCACCUCAUACUCUUAUAGUAUUAAAAAAACCCUGCCAUUUAACUUUACUUUUGAAAUAAAUAUUUUACAGGCAAUAGUUUUGAAUCUAUUUGAGUAUGUGACAUCACACAAAAACUCUGCCACCUUUGUAUAAUAAUAACUGCCUUUCAAUAAACAAUCAAGUGACUUUUACAGGCUUCAGCGUGAACGAAAUUGAGGGGUGUGAUUUGUUCCCGUAACGUAGAUUAUGUGGCGCCAUUUAAAAUAUUACCAUAUUGAUACCAUAUAAAUUUACGUGCUAAGGAGAGCUAAAAAUUACUCUCAAACUAUUAUUAGGGGAGUGGUGGCGAGCAAGAGUAAUAACGAAGCCCUAAAUGGUGAAGCCAGCUUUCAAAUAUUAUAAACAUACAAAAAUAUAUUAUUUAUAGUUUUCUCAAUUUUUUUUUCUUUUUCACAUUAUAUGGUGGAAAAAGAAGAAAUUAUCUAAUUAUCUAUAAAAUAUUUAAAGUUGCUAUAUUGAGAAUAUUUUUUCAUAUUACUGUUAUAGUAUUUAGAUUAGAUCAUUAUUAUUUUCAUUCCAUUUACAAUCCAUUCUUUGUUGCUCUACUGUUGUCUGUAACAAUGCAUGGCGAAAUAUAUCUUUAACAACUUAAGACAGUUGACUGCAUAUGCUGACAACGAAAACGUGAGUUUAUUCAAGCAUGUACAGACUGUGAUUGUAUUGUGAUUGUGACUGUAUUUUACAUUAGACAGCAAUUGUGAUUGCAUUUUACAUUAGAACAUUUUAUUACAAGAUGGAAUGGCGAGAUCGCAUCUUUAAUAACCUAAACAUUUCCUACGACAUUUAUAUAAAGUGUUCAAAACUGUUUACAGUUUCCACUGUUAGAUUGUAUCCAGAAUGAACAUUUAAAUGUUUGUUUUGUGUGUUGUGUCAAGACUUUAUUUACACUCGGGCCGUAGGAGGAAUAUAUACAAUUUAUAACAUUCAUUUUGUUUUAAUAUUAUGUAUGAUGGGGCAUGGUCUCCCGGGAACAUUUUGAAAUGUAGAUACUGAAAAAACGAUUUUAAUAGCUUCUAAAUAUUAUAAAUAAUAUUUGAUUGUGAUCAAAUGUGUUUCUAUUUUAUAUAAAAAGAAAUUCAAAUUAUAUAAUAAAACAUUAAGGAGCGUUUA